AUGGUCAUGUUACGUCGUCUGAUGACAUUCCUGAAGGUCCCGUACCCGGUUGCUCAUAUGGCGUCACCCGUCCCCUGCCGUCACGGCGGUGGUGGCGGUGGGAGGCUGGCCGACCGACUACGGGAGGUGGAGGGUUGUACCUGCCAAAGUAGCGUUAGGCGGCGUAACGUACACUGUGCAUCACCCGGCGACUCCCGGAACUGCCGUUCCCUGCCUCAGCCUCACGGCCACUGGGGGCUCAGCACUGCAACGCCACGGCGCCCCGAGGUGGCGGGGCUCGGAGUGGAGCAGAGUGGAAUGUGGAACCAGGCACUACCACGGCAGCAGUUGCGUCUGGCACAUCCUCUGACGGCAUCUGCCGAAACUGUGAUGCUACAUCGUCUGCUGAUUGUAGUCUGCCCAGCACCCCUCCCACAGGCAGCAGCCACGGGCGCCCCGAGGUGGCGGGGUGGCAUGGCAGAAAUCGCGGCUACGGUGGUAACUGGCAACGUUACCACACCCAUGUGA